GUUACCUUCUUUUUUAUGUUGAUAAAUACUCUUCAUCAUGCAGCAUAUUCACGUCAAGUCAUCAAAGUCUAAAAAUUAUAGAAAACCUAUACCAAAAGCAAGUAAAUCAAGACUUGUUUUCAAAUAUUCAUCUAGUCCAGAUGGUGUUGAUACUAAUCUACUCGUGUUGCUUCAUGGUCUUGGUGAUACUCUUCAGCCUUUUGCAACACUUGGUCAGAAACUUCAGUUACCUCAAACAGCAAUACUAGCAGUUCAAGCUCCAGAACUUAUUCCGUAUAUGGAUUGUGAGAGUUAUCAAUGGUAUCCUAGUUUUGAUAUGUUAACUGGUGAAGUUCUUUCUCCUGAUGAUCCUAGACAAAAGAGUGGACUCUUAAAAACGAGACAAUUGUUGACAGUGUUAUUAAAACAUUUGAUAGAAGAUUGUCAAUACCCAGCAUCGCAGAUCUUUUUUUUCGGGUUUUCUCAAGGUGGUACAGUGGCGUUGGAUCAAGUAUUAGAAGGUGAUAUACGAAAUUUGGGUGGAGUGAUUAGCAUCAGUGGAUAUCCCUUCAUUACAACAAAUGAUUUGAAAAACACUUUAUAUGAUGGUCCUAUACUAAUCACUCAAGGCGACAAAGAUCCAGUGAUUGGAACGAGAUCACAAGCAGAAAAAAUGUUUAACGGGAUAAAACAACGAUGUGCUUCUACUGCGCAGAUCAAACAGUUGUUUAUUUCUGGAAAAGGUCAUCAUAUGCCCACUACUGAACAAGAAUGGAGAUCCAUUCAUUCUUUUUUCGCAAGCUAUAUGCCUCGACGUAACUUGGAGCUAGAGAACAUGGCAGAUGUAUAUGAAAUUAAUACUACUAGUGGAUCUGCGUAAAAUUUUCCGAAUAGAAGCAUAAAUAAACAUAUUCUAGACAUUUCAGUCGUAUCGUAGAUGUCCUGAAUACUGAAUUUUGUAUUGAAUUGGAAGAAGAAUUGGCAAAUGAUGGUAUCGGUAUCAACAGGCAGGUCGUCUCGACAUUGGUAGCGAAAAAUUUGCGAUGAUCAUUUCCUCUGGUUAGAUUGAUGGGUUCAUGAAGCGUCAUGGUUUUUUCAAUGCUCAUCUAAUGUGUGAUGGAACUGGUUCCGUGGAUAUGACAGCACCGGAAUUACAGGCUAGAAUACAAGAAAUCUAGAUAAUCAUCUCCAAUUACCCUUCUGAUCAAGUCUACAAUUUUGAUGAAUCAGCUCUAUUCUGGUCUGUUCGAACUCUAUGGAAAUUAUUUAAUAGAAUUUAUGUUUAGAAAUAAGGCCUCACUAAUGGAAGGUUUGGUAGAUGCAUUAAAAAUUUAAGUUUAUUUUUUUGAUUUAUCCAUUUGUUUAUGCAAUAAAGAAC